UGAUGCGCAUGCGCAAUGUACGUUUAGUCUACCGACUUUGAGACUAGCUGUAAAACACGUUUAUUUAGCUUAAUGUUUAAACAAAUGGUGUCAAUUUGUAAUUGGCCUUAAUAUUUAUCACACGAACUGUUAUUUCGACUUCUGAGAAGUACACGCAGGGGAGGCUGAUAUUCAUCCCUCAGUUUCCCGGGAGUCGUGCAGCAUGACGACGAACAAACAAGAUGGAGACCUCCUGGAAGAGGAUUCCUGGCAGGAGAAUGGAGUCCACACAAACCAUUACAGCUCCAUCUCUCCUCCUGCCUCACCUGUGGCUCAAGAAGAACCCUUCUCUACAUAUUUUGAGGAGAAGGUGCACAUUCCAGAGGCUCCCAACACGAUAUUCAGCUUCCGUAAACUCUGGGCCUUCACUGGACCAGGGUUUUUGAUGAGUAUUGCUUACUUGGAUCCAGGGAACAUCGAGUCAGACCUGCAAUCUGGAGCUAAAGCUGGUUUUAAGCUCCUAUGGGUGCUCCUCGGAGCCACCAUCAUCGGGCUGCUGUUACAGAGGUUAGCUGCACGUCUCGGAGUCGUCACGGGGAUGCAUUUAGCUGAAGUCUGCAACCGCCAGUAUCCCACCGUUCCUCGGAUCAUCUUGUGGUUGAUGGUCGAGCUGGCAAUUAUCGGUUCAGACAUGCAGGAAGUCAUCGGCUGUGCCAUAGCUUUUAAUCUUCUCUCUGUGGGCAGGAUCCCGCUGUGGGCAGGAGUUCUUAUCACUAUCACAGACACUUUUGUGUUUCUCUUUUUAGACAAAUAUGGUCUGAGGAAACUUGAAGCUUUCUUUGGCUUUCUGAUUACUGUAAUGGCUAUUAGUUUUGGCUAUGAGUAUGUGUUAGUGAAGCCGGAUCAGGGAGAGGUUCUGAAGGGGAUGUUCAUGCCGUACUGUGCUGACUGCGGACCCGUGCAGCUGGAGCAGGCUGUGGGAAUUGUAGGUGCUGUCAUCAUGCCCCACAACAUCUAUCUGCACUCAGCGCUGGUCAAGUCUCGGGAAGUGGACCGCAAUAAAAAGGAGGACGUAAAAGAAGCCAAUAAAUACUUCUUCAUCGAGUCAGCCAUCGCUCUCUUCAUCUCCUUCCUCAUCAACGUGUUUGUUGUUGCCGUCUUUGCUGAGGCCUUUUACAAUAAAACCAACAUCCAGGUGAACGAAAUGUGCAAUGCGACCGGCAGCACUCAUGCAGACCUCUUUCCCCUCAACAACGGCACUCUGGAGGUGGACAUCUACAAAGGGGGAGUGGUGCUGGGCUGCUUCUUUGGUCCUGCAGCUCUCUACAUCUGGGCCAUCGGGAUUCUGUCAGCUGGUCAGAGCUCCACCAUGACAGGAACGUACUCUGGGCAGUUUGUGAUGGAGGGUUUUCUGAACCUGAAGUGGUCUCGUUUUGCUCGGGUGCUGCUGACUCGUUCCAUCGCCAUCACUCCUACACUGCUGGUUGCCAUUUUUCAGGACGUUCGGCAUCUAACGGGGAUGAACGACUUCCUCAAUGUGCUUCAAAGCAUGCAGCUUCCAUUUGCUUUGAUCCCGAUCCUAACCUUCACCAGUCUGACCUCCAUAAUGAACGACUUUGCGAACGGAAUGGUAUGGAAGAUUUCCGGAGGCCUGGUCAUCCUGGUGGUUUGUGCAAUCAACAUGUACUUUGUGAUUGUUUAUGUGACCGCGCUGAACAGCGUGCUGCUCUACGUUUUUGCUGCUCUCCUCUCCGUGGGAUACCUGUGCUUUGUCAGCUACCUGUCGUGGCACUGUCUGGUUGCCUUGGGGGUUUCCUGCCUGGACUGUGGCAGCAGGAUACCAGCGAGUCUGUCCCGCCACACGGACAUUUUCUUACUGAACGAUGUGGAUUUUGAUACAGAUGUCAACAGAUAAAAGGACCUGGAGUGGGAACUACACACAACCUGCGUGAAACAAGAGACCACUGAACUUUGGCCAGUAUGUUUUUGCCUUCACUUCACAGCGUUUCCUUAAAGUUCAACCACAGACUGCGC